AUCAGCUUGGUUGCCUGCAUCCACAAGCACGCAUCCCAGUGCUUGUCCUUCCCGCUGGGCCGAGAUGGGACCGACGGAAUACUUAACUCGAGCUUGGGCAAGACCUUCCUCCGAGGCAGCUGGUUGACUCAUAUAACUGAAGCCGUCCUCCUCCUCUGGAAAGUUAUAUUCUCCUCCAUUCCUCAGACUACCGGUGCCGUCACCCGCCAACCGUACCAACUUCAUCCUUCAUCCUCCUCCUCCUACUCCUACCACAUCUACACAAGCUACAGCUUCCACCUCGGACCCCACAUCCUCCUACUCCUCCUCUUACAUCACCGAUAUCAAUAUGUCUCUCGAAGCUGAAGAGAAGGCCUUCCAGGCCGAAGUCGAGGCCACCAAAGCAUGGUGGUCAGAGGACCGCUGGCGCCAGACAAAGCGUCCCUACACCGCGGAAGCAAUUGUCUCCAAGCGGGGCACCCUCCCAAUCCAGUACCCCUCCAACGCGCAGAGCAAGAAGCUGUGGAAGAUUCUCGAGGGCCGGUUCGCCAGCGGCGAGGUCAGCGCAACCUACGGAUGUCUGGAUCCGGUGAUGGUCACCCAGAUGGCGAAGUACCUGGAUACCGUGUAUGUGUCGGGAUGGCAGUGCUCGUCGACUGCUAGCAGCACCAACGAGCCCAGUCCCGAUCUGGCUGACUACCCAAUGAACACCGUGCCCAACAAGGUGGACCAUCUCUUCAAGGCACAGCUUUUCCACGACCGAAAGCAGCGCGAGGAGCGCCUCACAACCCCGCUAGACAAGCGCGCUUCUAAGCCCCAGAUUGACUACCUCCGCCCCAUCAUUGCCGAUGCCGACACCGGUCACGGUGGUCUCACCGCCGUGAUGAAGCUCACCAAGCUCUUCAUCGAGGCCGGUGCUGCCGGUAUCCACGUCGAGGACCAGGCUCCCGGCACCAAGAAGUGCGGUCACAUGGCCGGAAAGGUGUUGGUGCCGGUCGGCGAGCACAUCAACAGACUUGUCGCCAUCCGGGCACAGGCCGAUAUCAUGGGAACCGACCUCAUCGCCGUCGCCCGUACCGACUCCGAGGCUGCCACCCUCCUCACCUCCAGCGUCGAUGUCCGGGAUCACCCCUUCAUCCUCGGUGCCACCAACCCCAACCUGAACGCCCUCGCGCCGAUCCUCGCCGUUGCCGAAGCCUCCGGCAAGAACGGUGAUGCCCUCCAGCAGAUCGAGGACGAGUGGAUGGCGCAGGCCAAGAUCAUGCUUUUCGACGAGGCCGUCGCUGCCGCGCUCAAGGAUGCCGGAAAGGCCGACGCCGUAGAGAAGUACCUCGCCGAGGCCAAGUCCAAGUCAAACCCCGAGGCCCGCCUCAUCGCCAAGAAGUACCUCGGAACCGACCUCUUCUUCGACUGGGAUUCCCCCCGGACCCGUGAGGGUUACUACAGAUACCAGGGUGGAACUAAGUGCGCAAUCAUGCGUGGUGUCGCCUACGCCCCGUACGCGGACCUGAUCUGGAUGGAGAGCAAGAAGCCCGACUACCAGCAGGCGGUCGAGUUCGCUGAGGGUGUCCACGUCGUCUGGCCCAAGCAGAAGCUGUCCUACAACCUCUCCCCCAGUUUCAACUGGAAGGCCGCCAUGAGCUCCGAGGAGCAGGAGACGUACAUCACUCGUCUCGCCAAGUUGGGCUACUGCUGGCAGUUCAUCACUCUUGCGGGACUGCACACCACCGCGCUCAUCUCAGACACCUUCGCCAAGGCCUACUCGAUCCAGGGGAUGAAGGCGUACGGCACGCUCGUGCAAGAGCCCGAGAUGGAGAACGGCGUGGACGUGGUAACGCACCAGAAAUGGUCGGGCGCCAACUACGUCGACAACAUGCUCAAGAUGGUCACCGGAGGUGUCAGCUCCACCGCCGCCAUGGGCAAGGAGGUCACCGAGUCACAGUUCGAGGGCUUCACUAAACACUAGAUUUCGCCAAACAUUAGAGUCGAGGCACGGGUUCUGUAUAAAAUCGGAUGGACUGGGCGAAUGUUGUACGACUGAUGAAAACUUCCGGGAUUUUGUGGAUUUCUCUUUUUUCUUUUUCAUUUUGAUUUUCCUUGUCUUGAUUUGUGUUUGGGCUGGGGCUUCU